CGAGGUAGUUUCCCUGAAGGUCUUGUAAUUGAAAGGUCUCCAACUAUUGGAAUCACUUUGCCAACAGAGAAUAUGGUGGGUGAGGUUAAUGUGAAGGAAAAAAUUUGGGAAUACUUAAUGGGUCACGAGGUGGGAAUUAUUGGAGUUUGUGGAAUUGGUGGAGUUGGCAAAACCACUGUUAUGAAACACAUCAAUAAUGAAUUAUUGAAUGAGGCUAGCAAGUUUGAGAAGGUUGUCUGGGUUACAGUAUCACAUCCUCUCAAUGUUUUCAGAUUGCAAGAUGACAUUGCUAGGGCAAUGAGGAAAAAUCGUUCAAAUUCGUGGGAUGAAUUGAGGUGGGAUGAAUUGAGCCGGGCAUCAAGACUGAUGGAGGCUAUGAAAAAAGUUAAAUAUGCACUGAUCUUAGAUGAUGUGUGGGAUAAAUUUACUCUUCAAAGAAUUGGAAUCCCUGAACCAACAAUGGAAAAUGGGUGUAAAAUUGUUAUUACUAGCAGAUCGAUUGAUGUAUGCAACUACUUGAGAUGUCAGGUAGUUAAAGUACCACCUUUACCAGAGCAAGAGUCUUUGAAGUUGUUUUUAGAUAAGGUUGGGCAAGAUGUUCUACGAAUUCCCAAUUUGGAAGAGAUUUUGAAGCUUAUAGUGGCUGAAUGCGCUGGUUUGCCAUUGGCCAUUGUUGUCAUUGCGGGGAGCAUGAGAGGAGUAGAAGAUAUUUUUGAGUGGAGAAAUGCAUUACGUGAAUUGCGUCAAUGUGUGGUGGACACAGAGAAAGAUUCAGAAGAUGAGAUAUUUAAACGUUUGAAGUUCAGUUAUGAUCGUCUACCAAAUUCUAGCAUCCAAGAGUGUUUCUUAUAUUGCUCAUUGCAUCCGGAAGAUUGGGAGAUUAGAAGAAAAGACCUAAUUGAAGCCUGGAUUUGUGAGGGAAUUGUUGAAAAAUUAGGAAGCAGAAGAGAAAUGCAUGAUAAAGGAAAUGCUAUUUUAAAUAGACUUUUAAACUGUUGUUUGUUAGAGGAAGCCUUUGGAAAGGUGUGUGUUAAGAUGCAUGAUGUUGUGAGGGACAUGGCAUUGCGCAUCAAGAGCAUGGGUCCUGGUAUGUUUAUGGUAAAAGCUGGAAUGAGAUUGACGAAGAUACCGGAUGAGGAUGAAUGGAAUGAAGAUCUAGACAAGGUCUCUCUCAUGGAAAAUGUAAUUUCAUAUAUCCCUCCAAAUCUAUCCCCCAAAUGCUUGAUGCUCUCAACCUUGAUUUUGGAGGGUAAUAGAGGAUUGAGACAAAUUUCAGAGUGGUUUUUUGCUAACAUGCCCCUGCUGAAGUUUCUUGAUCUUUCUGGAACUGGCAUUGAGGUUCUACCUAAUUGCAUAUGUAACUUGAAAUAUCUCACUGCACUAAUCCUCCGUGAAUGUUGGAGUUUAAAGCGCAUGCCUUCCUUGUCAAAGCUUAAAGCACUGAAGAAGUUGGAUUUGGAUGGAGCAAGCCUUCGUGAGGCUCCUAAAGGCAUUGGAAUGUUAGAAAAUCUGGAAUAUCUUGAUUUAUAUUGUCGAAACCUGAGAAUGCUACCAGGAGGAAAAAUCCGAAAGCUCUUCCGCCUCCAAUACCUACGUAUACAUCGGAUUUUUCCAACUGAAAUAAGAGGAGAAGAAGUAGCAAGAUUGGAGAUGCUGGAAUGGUUUGAAGGUAGAUUUGAUUGGCUAAAAGACUACAACAGUUUUGUAAGCAAGUUGAACCAUUUUAGAAGACCCAGUCAUUACGUUCUCAAAGUGGGAGGCACAAAUAAAGAUGAGGAGGGGCAUUUUUGGAAGUUAAACAAUAAUGAUCCUCCUAAAUGGGUAAUUUUAUUCAGACAAGAGAUAGAAGAAGAGGAUGAGUUGGCCCUUCCAGAUGACCUUCAGGAUUUGAGGAUUGAAUAUUGCAAUGCAGCCGGUGAUAUUUCUAUUUUUCAGAGAGAUUUUACUCAAUUGCAAACAUGUGUUUUGAAAUACUGCCCAGGGAUAGUGUGUGUGGUCUCUUUGUUAUCAUCUUCCUCUACUUCCUUGACAGUUAUGAAUAACCUUCAAGUACUAACUCUUGAGGGUUUGCCUAACUUGCGAAAUGUUGUGAAAGUGGAAAAAACAAGAGCAUCGCUUGCAUUGACAAUAUCCCUUGACAUCUUUUCCAAUCUUAAACAACUGAAGAUGGAGGAAAUAAUAGGAUGGGAAGAAGAAGAGGAAGGAAAUCAAACAACUACUCCAAUAUUGAUUGCUCUUCCAAAAUUAAGGACAUUGGAGUUGCUAUUCCUACCAGAAUUGAAGAGAAUCUGCCCCGAAAGAGGAGUAAUGAUUUGUGAAUCUCUCAAUAGCAUCCAUAUAGAGACUUGUGUGAAGGUAAAGAGGAUUCCCCUUUGUCUUGGAAGGGAAAACGCACAACCAUCUCUUCCUGCUGUCAAAUAUAUCCAUAUUGAAAAUCCAAAAGAAUGGUGGGAAUCGUUGGAGUGGGUGAAUCCUGACGAUAAGAUUGUCCUCCUACCUUUUGUCAACUCCAACAAAGGCUCAGCUCAGGGAGCAAGAACCGGAAUGGAUUUCAUGAGUCAUGCAAUGAAUAUCAAUCUGGUCAAUCUAUGUCCACUUUCUAAUGCCCAACCCAGGCUGCAUCUCUUACCAUCUCAAACCUUUUUCUUCAACUCAGCGACAUAUACAACUAAGGAAAACAAAAAAAUUGGGACUCACACUCACUUCAAUCCAAUACAAUCUCUGUUGUAAUUUGCUGUUUUGUGCUAUGGAUGAACUUUGUUUAAUUAAUGGUUGUUUAAGUAAUAUUUGUUUUAUUUUGUGUUGUAAUAAGUAGUUAAACAGAUU